AAGAGUCUUCCAAGUCCAUAAGCUACCAUGGAUUUUUUUCUUCCACACAUAAACACUGCCAUAGCUGGAGGCUUAUCCUUAUUUGUAGUUCUAUGCUAUUUGCUAUGGAGAUCUAAAAGAGCUGCUAAAAACAGCACAGCACCAGAAGCUAGUGGUGCAUGGCCCAUAAUAGGCCACCUCCACCUCUUAGGAGGCUCUGAGCUUCCCCACAAAACCUUGGGAGCCAUAGCCGAUAAACAUGGACCAGUUUUCACCAUGUGGCUCGGGUUACAACGAACUCUGGUGGUGAGCAAUUGGGAGAUAGCCAAAGAAUGUUUCACCACCAAUGACAUAGCUGUGUCAAGCCGUCCCAAGUUUACAGCUGCAAAAUACCUAGGCUACAACGAUGCUAUGUUCGGCUUCUCCCCAUAUGGUCCCUAUUGGCGUGAAAUCCGCAAAAUAACCUCCCUCGAGCUACUAGGAAGCCGCCGUGUCCAGCUUUUCAAGAAUGUGAGAGUCUCUGAAACCGAGACCUCCAUGAAAGUACUUCACAACCUUUGGACAGAGAAGAAAAACAGCUCAGGCCAUGUGUUGGUAGAUAUGAAGCAAUGGUUUACGGACUUGGGUCUGAACGUGCUUGUUAGAAUGGUUGCUGGAAAGCGAUUCGGUGGUGCAGGCACUUGUGAGGAUGGGAAAGAGGCGAGGCGGUGCCAGAAGGCAUUCAGGGAUUUCUUUCACUUGAUUGGGUUGUUUUUGGUGUCGGACUCAAUUCCUUUUCUUGGGUGGUUUGAUUUGGGUGGACAUGUGAAGGCCAUGAAACAAACUGGAAAAGAAAUGGAUAGUAUAGUGGGGGGAUGGUUAGAGGAACAUCGCCAAAAGAAAGAUUCCGGGGAGGCUAAAGGCGAUGAAGACUUCAUGGCUGUAAUGCUUUCAACUCUUCAAGGCGCUGACUUUGCUGGUUAUGACGUCGACACCGUCGUCAAGGCUACAUGCCUGGUUUUGAUUGCUGGGGGAGCUGAUACGAGUGCAAUUAUGUUGACAUGGGCACUCUCUCUACUAAUGAACAACCGCCAUGCCUUAAAAAUAGCUCAAGAAGAACUAGAUAUACAUGUUGGCAAGGAAAGACAAGUGGAUGAAUCAGAUAUCAGUAAGUUACCCUACCUUCAAGCCAUAAUCAAAGAGACAUUACGACUAUACCCACCCGCCCCACUAUUAGGCCCAAGAGAAUUUACACAGGACUGCACCGUUGGUGGCUACCAUGUCCCCACAGGCACACGCCUAAUUGUAAACGCAUGGAAGCUGCAAAGGGAUCCAAACAUAUGGUCGGAGUCAUCGGAGUUCAAACCGGAGAGGUUCCUCACCACCCACAAAGAUGUUGAUGCUAAAGGUCAACAUUUUGAAUUGAUCCCAUUCGGAGCUGGUAGAAGAAUGUGCCCAGGAUUAGCGUUUGGCAACCAAAUGUUGCACUUGGUGCUUGCUAGGUUACUCCAUGGUUUUGAGUUUUUGCCAGCAUCCAAUGCACUUGUUGACAUGAGCGCGAGCGUUGGAAUGACAAACACGAAAGCCACUCCACUUGAAGUGCUCAUCAACCCUCGAUUGUCUCCUAAUCUUUAUUAGGCAUAAAUUAUGGCGCGUGAAAUUCUCUAUCCAUAUUAUUAUCGAAUUAAUCCUUAAUCGGAUAAGAUGUUUUUGGUGAAUAAAAUUUCUCUAGCAAUAGGAACUGGUAAAAAAUAUUUGGGGUAGUAAUAUCUUAGAUGGUUGUUGUGAUUAUAUAAUCUUGCUAUUUCUCUAGCAAUAAGGAUUGUAAAUAGAGAUUGUAAUAAUUUGGUAUUCUAGCUA